AUGAUGACGAUGGUGAUGAUGAUGGGUUUGAAGCGCGAGCAGCACCAGAGACAGAACCAGAACCACGGCAGAACCGCACUCUUCCUGCGGAAUUUCUGCUCCUAAGCUGCUCCCGCAUGCGGCGGCAGGUGUGCGUGACUGGACCGCAGCUCGGCUUGACUGCCACCGACAUGGACUCAAACAACAAUAACUCAGGGGGCGUCAUCUCCUACGUGGGCUCCUGCGGAGGCUCCCCAUCCGGGGCCAGUCCGGACUCCGGGGCCAGUCCGGACUCCGGGGCCAGUCCGGACUCCAUGGACAGCGAGAACUCCGGCUUCACCUCCUCCUCUUCCUCGCUGCCGUCCUUCCUCAGCAGCGACGGCUCCUCCUCCUCGGCGGGCGGCUCUCCGCGGGGCCGGGACGACGCCUCUGACGCCACCAGGCCUCACAGAGCGUCGCCCAGCAAGUCCGUGGCCAGUUUGACCAAGCUGAACGGCAUGGUGCUGCUCUGUAAGGUCUGUGGAGACGUGGCGUCCGGCUUCCACUACGGCGUUCACGCCUGCGAGGGAUGCAAAGGCUUCUUUCGCCGCAGCAUCCAGCAGAACAUCCAGUACAAGAAGUGUGUGAAGAACGAGAGCUGCAGCAUCAUGAAGACCAACAGGAACCGCUGCCAGCAGUGCCGCUUCAGGAAGUGCCUCUCUGUGGGCAUGAGCCGAGACGCUGUGCGUUUCGGCCGCAUCCCGAAGCGUGAGAAGCAGCGGAUGCUGGCGGAGAUGCGGAGCGCCAUGAACAACAUGGUGAACGACCAGCUGCAGAGCGACUUCCAGCUCGCCAGCCUGUCGUCUUCCUCCUCUUCCUCAACAGAGGGCGCCACCGGCCCCCAGCCGUGUCCUCCUCUUCCUCCACCUUCCUCGCCGCCCCCCAGCCCUGGGAUCGACUCCACCAUCAGCGCCAUCGCCUGUGCGCACCGUGAAACCUUCCUGUAUGCACACGACAAGCUGAGCGAUCCGCAGCUUAGCCCCGCCCACCGCAACCAUGCGGGGGCGGAGCUUUGUCCAAACCGCAUUCGGAACGGUUUCAGCAAAAACAAUAAUAAGAAAAACACCAAGGACUGCUUCCUGCAACAGGGUCCCAACAACACCAGCAAUCACUAUGGCAACAAGGGGUGGAGUCAGCAUUCCAGCAACGUGAUUGAAGGAAAGAGUCAUGUGACCCAGAGGCAGAGCUGUCCACCAAAAACUCGCUCUGGGAUUGUUCUGGCCUGUCCAAUGAACUCGCAACCCCAUGCAGACGUUUUAAAGACACCCCACGAGAUCUGGGAGGACUUCUCGCUGUCAUUCACGCCCGCUGUCAGGGAAGUAGUGGAGUUUGCCAAGAACAUCCCAGGAUUCAACGCUCUGACCCAGAACGACCAGGUCACCCUCCUGAAAGCAGGCACCUUCGAGGUGCUGAUGGUGCGUUUCUCGUCACUGUUCAACAUGAAGGAACAGACGGUGAUGUUUGUCUCUGGCGCCACCUACUCUUUGGAGGAGCUCCAUGCGAUGGGGAUGAACGAGCUGCUGGCAGCCAUGUUUGACUUCAGUCAGAAGCUAGCUUCGCUGGCACUGAGCGCCGAAGAGCUAGGCCUGUUUACCGCCGUGGUGCUGGUGUCCGCAGAUCGGUCCGGCAUCGAGAACCUGCCGUCUGUGGAGCAUCUGCAGGAGAACCUGAUCCGGACGCUUCGCCGUCUGGUCAACAAGACGGCCGGCGGCAGCGGUCCACCCACGAUGGAUUCGCCGCGCUUCACCAAGUUGCUGCUGCGGCUGCCCGAUCUGCGGACGCUCAACAACAUGCACUCAGAGAAGCUGCUGUCCUUCCGCAUCGACCCCUGACACCUCACAGCACACCGGUGGAACAGAUGCAUGCGCCCGCCAAAAUAAGGGUCUGCUCACCUGAUCCAAACCAUCAUACAUUCCCACUUCCUGUUGAGACCAUCAGCAGCAGCAUCGUCAUCAUCCCUGAUGUCCUCCAGAGCAGCUGGAUGCAAACAAAAAUCCUCUUCCAAAACUCUCCUGCUCACAAAACAUCUGCACCUGUCAGCAGGUCGGCUCAUCCAGAUGUUUAGGAGCGCCGCAGAUCCAGACUUCCAGCACUUGGUGCUUCAGGUUCACCUCUUCCAUUCGCUCUGAGGGAUUAGCUCCGCCCCGUCGGCACCAGAGCAGCCAAUGAGGAGAGGAGGCAGAUCCGUGAACCAAUGAGACGACGGGAUGCUGAGACCUGUAAUACCUGUAAAUACUGAAAGAUCCACAUAUACUUGAAGUGUUGCUGUUUGUUACUCGUCUGUGUGAAACGCUGAAGCCUCUGGAUGAGCAGCAGAGGCACAAAGUGUUGAUGCAGGGAAUCUUCUCAUGUCUAUAUUUUAAUGUUUGGAAAACCAUUGAACCAAUUCCAUAAAUUCUCACUGAAGAUGUUGA